AUGAUUUCCGCUCUGGAAUCCACGUGGAAGCGCGACCUCACUCUCAACACGUGCGUUUUUGGCCUUUUCAUGAUCGGGAUUCCCUUUGCCGUGUUCGGCACAUACAAAUCUGACGUCAAUUCGGCCAUUUUGUAUCUCAAUGCUCUGGGGUUCCGCCUUGGUGGAGCAGUGUCAGUCUCUAUCUCUGCCUAUGCUGACUACUGGCCGAGCAAGAGUUUCUUGGCGGCCAUGCUCGUGGUCAUUUACGGAUUGCUCUAUGUUCCAGCAUACUGGCUGCGGGAACCCACCUUGGAGGCUUUCAAUAGCCUGAUGGCAUUAUACGUCGUUUACGCAGUGAUCACCUACAUAACUACAGUAGUGUACAGGAUGUUCAUUCCUCACGCCAUGCGUGAGGUGCAAGAGCCCAAAUCUCGCGAGGACGGCCAGCCAUUCAGGUCCCGCACCUACGGCUUUCUCAUGUCCAUAUGGGGCGGUGUUGGUACAUCGGUCGGCGGCAUCUUGACGCUAGUUAUAGGCAUCAUCCUGUCGGCCGAGCUACCCGGCGCUGACGGCCAAUCCUCCGGGCUGCCACUCACCACGGCCGUGGGCUUUUUCACCAUCGCUGCGUCCACCAAUUUUUACUUUGGUCUACCUACGGUCCCGUCUAAGCGAGACAGGGUAUGGAGGUCGUGGCACAUCGAGGUGUUCACGCCAUUAUAUGAUCUGCUCAGGCGGAAUAACAUGGCUUGCCUGUUGCUGUCCUACACAAUCUACGUCGACACCGACUUUGCGGUGUCUUCUAUCACCUCGCAGCUGUACUUUGUCGAGUUCAAACCCGACACCCUCGAGUAUUCGCUUUACUCGUCGGGCUCUACCGUCUUUGGGGGCAUCCUGAAUCUUGAAAUCUACUACCUGCAGACCUGGUGGCCGCUUCUGAGUCUGCAAAGAUGGCUUAUUGUGGGCUACGCCACGAUUUUGAUUAUCCCCAUAUGGGGGUGCAUUGGUGUGUCUAUCUCAGUUGACUUUGGCUUCGAGGCGAGUGCUUCUUCCCUAUUUCAAUCUUGA